AUGGUAUGUUUUGUUGAUCCAUCGAUGCGGAACGUUCAACUCCUUGAAUUAAUUCGUUGUGGAGAAUUCGUAAUGUUACGGGGACCACGAUCCUCUGGAAAGUCUACACGAGUACUCGAAAUUCAUAACCAGUUGAAAACCGAAGAUUUAUUUGUAUUAGUGUCUCGCGUGUAUGAUUUGAGCAAGCCAUUAUGGAAAGCGUGGGUGAAUUCUAGCAGACCUUCGGCGCUCAUUGAUGCUUCCGAAUACAACGAACUCGAUAAUCGACAUUGCAUUACAGAAAACAAGUGGAAUUAUCAAUUGGUUCUCCUUAUCGACGAAUAUAGAUUUUAA